AUGGAGACACUAUUGUCAUUUAUUAUUGCAGAUGGUGUAUUGUGUCUAGCAGAUGCAAGCAUCAAUCACUCGAUUGUAAAGAUGAAGGAUGAUGAAGAUAAGAUCAUGGUGUUGGACCAGCACAAGCUACUGCUCACUGCAGGAGAGCCAGGCGACAGAGUGCAGUUCACAGAGUACAUUUCAAAGAACCUCAAGCUCUAUCAGCUGCGCAACGGAUACACACUGUCGACUAGCGCCGUAGCAAACUACGUGCGCUCCGAGCUCGCCACAGCUCUGCGUCGCAGCCCAUACAAUGUCAACCUGCUGAUCGCCGGCUUUGACAAGGAGACCGGCCCCGCACUCUUUUACAUGGACUACCUGGGAUCAUUACAGAAGCUGGACUUUGGCUGUCACGGAUACGCCGCCUACUUCUUGUUGGGUCUGCUCGAUCGCCAUCACAAGAAGGAUCUGACCUUUGAGCAAGGUGUCGAAUUGAUGCAUCUCUGCUGCAAGGAGCUGCAGACUCGUUUCCUUGUCAGUGGCAAGUACGUCCUAAAGUUCGUCUCCAAGGAGGGCACCAAGGUCAUUCCAUUCGCUUUGUCU